AUUCGACUCGGUCUAUAUCUUCAAAUGUUCACCGCACAGAUUUCUGGACUAUCCAGUGCCAUUCUCCCCAUCCCUGAUAGUAUCGGCCAAGGAGUAGUCCUCUUCGUCCUAGCAACAGGAAUAGUACUCUUCCGACUAAUUGAGCACCGCGAGAUCGAAGCCGUCGAAGUCUUCAUCAUGCUGAGUCUGCUGGUCGCCCAUCAUGGCGCUUGUCGAGUACCAUUUUGGAAACAGCCAAUGACCAUUUUCGUCUAUCUGGGCGAGCUGAUCUGCCUGUUGGCUCUAUCUGCUUGGUUCUGGUUUCGCGGUAUGGAUAUGCUCCCGAGAUCGUGCGUGGAUGAUUAUGCCUUUUUCUUUGCCAAGGUUAGUAUCUGGCAUUGGUUUCGGAAGCUCAAUCAGGCUUUUAUUGUCAUCACGAUCGUGGGUGCUGCACCGGGCAUUAUUUACUACAUGUCCUGGCUGUUUACGCUCACCGUCCUCCGGAUAAUAUACGGACAACAGGUCGACGAAGAUCAUGAAAUGGCAACAGGAUCGCUUGAGUUUGUGAUCAACGCCGGCGUCAUUGCCUACGUCGAGUUGGCUAUCAAGUGGAAUCAUAUCUCCGGUGUUUACGACUUGAGCAGUCCCGGCCAGUAUAUGCCGUUCUUCAUUGCACUGGCUCAGCUCUUUACCACAUUAUAUCAACUUGGAAAACAUGGCCUGAUUCAAGAAUAUGCUGGCGAUGGCGGCGAUUUUGAAUGCCCCCAUAAAACGGCUACGGCAACUGAUGUUGAACUCGCCCCAACUACUCAUUAAACCCGUCUGAUAAUAGCCGAUUCGUUUAUCAUACUAUGUACAUAUUCUUAUAAAAUCAUAUCACUCCAACCAGCUCUCAACAGCCACCGCAAUAGCCUCUCCCACCCACUCAUCCAAAUGAACCCCAUUAUCAAACCCAUGCUCCCCAUCCCUCAAAGUCAACACAAUAUUAUCACCCCCAGGCUGCCCCUUAAAAGCCCCCCUCGCCUUCGCAACAAACUUCUCACUCCCAUCCACAGGAACAACACUAUCCUGAAUCCCAUGGAAGAUGGAAAUCCCACCCCGCGGAAUCCGCACCCCAGG